AUGGUUUCUGUCAAGUCUAUCCUCUUCUUCGCUGCGGCAGUCUCGGCCAGUGUCAUUGGCCUUGAAGGACGAGAGGAAGCCGAGCACCCCGAAGCAUGCGGAUCUGCCCCUUACCCCGACGAGCUGCAGGAGAUGACCUCUUUCUUCACAGACGAGGAUGCCAAACUCACAAACGGAAGUAUGUCAAUCGCUGCUGCUCCUGCACCUGGCUCUUCCAAGGUCUACAUCCACGUUGUCUCCGCUAAGCAGAGCACCUUCAUCACCGAUGACAUGAUCAACCGCCAGUUCGCUAUGAUCAGGGACGAGUGGAAGAAGCACGGCUGGACCAUGACCCUCGACGGCAAGUCCAAGACGGUCAACAGCAACUGGGCCACCGACCACGACCAGCUCAACAUGAAGAAGAAGCUCCGCAAGGGCGCCUACCGUGACCUCAACGUCUACGUCAUCGACAAGAUCGGCACGGGAGGCACCACGGGCUACUGCUACUACCCGACCAGCUCCCACGCCACCGGCGGCACCAACUUCUACCAGGACGGCUGCACCAUCAUCCGGUCCACCGUGCCCGCCAGCAACGACGACAAGGUCAAGAACGGCAAGGGCAAGACCCUCAUCCACGAGGUCGGCCACUGGCUGGGUCUCAAGCACGUCUUCGAGGGCGGCUGUGAUGGUGCGGGUGACGGCAUCGCCGACACGCCCGCCCAGAAGGAUGCCUACUGGACCUGCGCUGCUCGCGAUAGCUGCCCUGGCAACGCUGGCUCUGAUCCCAUCCACAACUACAUGGGAUACACUAUGGGAACUUGCCGAACCGGUUUCACCAAGGGCCAGGUCACCCGCAUGAAGACCAUCUGGAAGACUGUCCGAGCUACAUAA